UAAUAAAAACAUUCAUUCGUACUUGAACUCUAAACGAGACUCCACGUGUUUUUACUAAGACUCACAAAUCCGAGGGUUUCGGGGAUACUACAUUUUGGCGACGAGGAUCCAAAUGGCGAAUCCGUUUGACAUGCUGCGUUCUCUUGGGCUACAGCUCCAGCCGUUUGACUAUGCGUCACAUACCGACGAUGCUGGUAUUGAGUGGAGUAAAUGGCUAAGGUCGUUUGAAACGAUGAUUCGUGCCAGUCGAAUCGAAGAUGAUGAAUGGAAGAGGGAUCUACUACUGCAUUAUGCGGGUCCGAGUGUUCAACAGCUGUUUGAUACGCUUCCGGAGAUACCCGGAACUGAGAUGCGGGGUCCGUUGCUGCAUAUUGAGCACUACACGCCAAAUAUGACCAUCUAUGAAGAAGCCAGGGCGAAGUUGAAUGAUUUUUUCUUGCCAAAAGAAAAUUCAACGUACGAACGGCAUUUACUACGCCAAAUGAAACAGCGAGCUGGCGAAAGCAUCGACGCCUUCACUAUUCGACUACGUGUACAGGCAGAGCGUUGUGGUUUUGAUGACAAAGUGGAGGAAAACGUCAAAGAUCAAAUAAUACAGAAUUGCCAGUCUGCCACGUUACGUCGCGAUUUGCUGAAACGAGGGGACGCAAGUCUUGAAGAAGUGUUGAGCAUCGCGAAGAUUUUCGAGACUGUUGCCGAACAGGAAAAGUCAUUUGUCGGUGGAAGUGAUACAAAACCACACGCUGGUGAAGUAAACAAGAUCGAUGUAGCUCCUUACGAGAAAAGAAGAAGGUUGAUCGACCAAAAGCAGCUCGAAUGUCAUCGGUGUGGAUACUUUGGGCAUAUCUCCAAAGAUGAAAAAUGUCCUGCGAAAGGAAAAAUAUGCAACAAGUGUGGCAUCAGCGAUCAUUUCGCGAAGAAGUGCCGUACUAAAGAAACGAAAAAUAUCUCCAGGAAGUCGAAUGCAUAUCAGCGGAUUGGGCGACAAGGGAUAGAUUUUUCAAAUGACGAUGGGAAGGAUACGAAUGUGGUGAAGCAUAUUUCCGAUGAGCAGGUGGAAUACAUUUUUCAUAUAACAUCCAGCAGCAGCGGUGAAAUCCAGUGUGAGAUUGGUGGUGUUACUGUACCUGCUGUUAUUGACUCCGGUUCCAAGUAUAAUUUGUUGAGCCAGCUGAAUUGGGAGCAAUUAAAAGAUAAGAAAGUGGUUGUAACAAAUCAACGGCGGGAGGCACCAAUGGUAUUCAAAGCGUAUGGAGGACAGUCGUUGCCAUUGGUUGGCGUAUUCACCGCAACGAUAAAACUGGGAGUCGCAAUGGAAUUAGCUGAGUUUUUCGUCGUAAAAGGAAAUGGGAAAAUCCUGAUUGGUCGUGAUACCGCUACGAGGAUGGGCGUUUUGAAGAUUGACAUACCUGUUAGUGAAGUGGAUGUAGUCGACGCCGAAAACAAGAGGCUGGGAUCCAUCAAAAACAUCAUUGUGGAUAUUCCAAUCAAGUCGGACGCUGCACCAGUUGUUCAACCAUAUCGUCGUAUACCGGUGGCGUUAGAGAAGCUGGUCGAUAAUAAACUAGACGAGUUGCUUGAACAGGGUGUUAUUGAACCGGUGAACGAACCGGCAAAAUGGAUAUCGCCGGUAGUCGUGGUUCCGAAAGGGGAUGAUGGUGAUGUGCGCAUCUGUGUUGAUAUGCGACGGGCUAAUGAAGCCGUAGAAAGAGAAAAUCAUCCACUGCCGACUUUUGAAGAUUUUCUGCCACACUUGGCUAAAGCGAAGGUUUUCUCUCGAUUGGAUGUGAAAAACGCUUUCCACCAGGUAGAAAUAUCAAAACGAUCACGAGAAAUCACGACAUUCAUCACGCGUAAAGGUUUGUUUCGAUAUACUCGACUAAUGUUCGGUAUUAACUGUGCGCCCGAACUGUUCCAAAAGACAAUGGAACAGAUCUUGAGCGGUUGUGAUGGGUGUUUAAAUUAUAUCGACGAUGUGAUUGUUCACGGAUGUGAUCAGAAAGAGCACGACAUGAGACUGGAAAAGGUACUUAAGCGGCUUAAAGAGUGGAAUGUAAUCCUGAACGAAAGUAAGUGUAUUUAUGGAGUGACUGAAAUGAAAGUUUUGGGGCAUGUUUUGUCAGCGGACGGAAUCAAACCUGAUACAGACAAGCUGGAAUCAAUUCGUCGUUUCCGGGAACCAAAAUCUGCAGAAGAAGUUAGGAGUUUCUUGGGCUUGGUCAAUUACCUUAGCAAAUUUAUUCCCAAUCUAGCAACUUUAACGUAUCCACUACGGCGGUUGACGGUUCAGAAACAGAGCUUUGUGUGGGGAUCUGAAGAGCAAGUAGCUUUUGAAAAGCUAAAGGCACACAUGGUUCGUCCUACUACCUUAGGUCAUUUUGAUGCUUCGGAUCGGACACAACUGGUGGCUGAUGCUAGUCCGGUUGGUUUGGGAGCGGUCCUUAUGCAGAUUAACGAAGAAGGCCCAAGAAUUAUUGCGUAUGCGUGCAAGAGUUUAUCUGACACCGAGAAACACUAUGCACAGAUCGAGAAGGAGGCGCUAGCACUCGUUUGGGCCGUCGAGCGGUUUCAUUUUUAUUUGUACGGUCGGUCAUUUGAGCUUAUAACGGAUCACAAACCGUUAGAGGCUAUUUUCGGUUCAAGAUCGAAACCAUGUGCAAGAAUCGAAAGGUGGGUGGUUCGACUACAAUCAUAUAAAGCCAGGGUCAUUUAUCGCCCGGGCAAAUCGAACAUUGCAGAUCCGAUCUCCCGAUUAGCAAUAACAGAUAGUAUAACCGGAAAAACUUUCGAUGAAUGUGCUGAACAUUACGUAGGUUGGGUAGCUUCAAACGCCUUACCGGUGGUGCUGAAGAUGACAGAAAUCGAGCAAGCGUCAGAAGCUGACAAGGCUAUCCAAGCCGUUCGAGUUAGUGUAGAACAAGGUGUUUGGUCAGAAGAUGCGAUGCCGUUGAAGGUGUUUGCUACAGAGCUGUGUUUUGCAGGCAACAUUUUAUUACGAGGAAUCAGAAUAGUAAUGCCAGAAACAUUGAGGCUGCGCACACUAGACUUAGCUCAUGAAGGUCAUCCUGGGAUGACCAUUAUGAAGCAGAGAUUGAGAGCAAAAGUUUGGUGGCCAAAACUGGAUUUGCAAGUUGAGCGAUACGUCAAAAGUUGCCGAGGAUGCAUGCUGGUCGCGGCGCCUUCCGCACCGGAACCGAUGAAACGCAGGGAGUUACCUUCAGGGCCAUGGCAACACGUUGCCAUUGAUUUUCUUGGUCCGCUUCCAUCAAGUCAUUACCUAUUCGUGAUAGUUGAUUAUUUUAGCCGAUAUGUCGAGGUGGAAAUCAUGACGAAGAUUGACACUUGCGAGACAAUUAAACGUUUGAAUUCGAUUUUUGCCCGUUUUGGUUUGCCUUUAUCUAUUACGGCUGAUAAUGGACCACAAUUCGCCAGUGAGGAAUUUCGUCACUUUUGCACUGCCAACAAUAUAAAGCUUAUCAGCACAACUCCGUAUUGGCCACAACAAAAUGGCGAAGUCGAAAGACAGAACCGAUCUCUUUUGAAAAGGUUGACAAUCAGUCAAGCUACAAAUACUGACUGGGUUGAAGAAUUGCACAAAUAUCUUUUAAUGUAUCGUUCAUCUCCGCAUUCAACCACGAAGAAAACUCCAUCAGAAAUGCUGUUUGGAUAUAACAUACGCGAUCGGCCACCAUCAAUCUAUCAACCGAAAAAUGGGGACGAGGAAACAAUUGAUCAGGACAAAAUUGUAAAGGAAAGAGGAAAGAUAUACGCUGAUGAACGAUGUUCUGGUAAAGAAAAUGACGAAAAGCAAUAA